UCCAUCCGGGUAGCAACUUGGGGUUGUGAAUUCGUUCGGGUCGGUUUUCGAGUAUUCGAAUCACAUCGGUUAGCUGAUGCGUUUGCACGACGAACUCUUUCUAGAUAUUAGAGUGAUCCCACUCUAGUAGAGAUAGUAGAGCUAGUACUCUCUGUCACAGUGAUCGGACGUUCCUUAUUAGUGCACAGUGUAAGCAGUGUACAAGUAAGGAACGGGCAGGAUUUUCGCGUCACGCAGUGGUACAACUCUGAAGUUUUUGAGAUGAAGGGUACAAACAUGCAAGGUAGUGCCGAUACGAGCGAAUCUCGAAAACCCACACGUAAAAGGCAACCGAGAAGAACACAGCAGCAGCAGCAGCAACAACAACAACAAGAGCAAGAACAACAACUGCAGCUGCAGCAUGAACAACAACUCCGGCUGCAGCUGCAGCAAGAACUGCAGUUACAGCAGGGGCAGCAACAAUUUCAGCUGGAGCAAAAUAUUCAGCAACAACUGCAGCCGCAGCAACAACAACUGCAACUGCAGCCGCAGCCACAGAUCAUCGGAGAGCAGCAACGACAGGCCCUCCAUUCCACAACCACGCCCGGUUGGGGUAUCGCGGAUAGAACCAUCAAAAACGAAUUAGUAGAGGACAAAAAUGACGACUCGGGCGUGUCGCCCGACCAUUACGGGAGCAGCCCGGACUCUGCGAGUAGGCGAUCUUCUUCCGCGGCGAACAACAGCUUGUCGCCCGGCAGUUCAAACUCUCAUAAUUCUCCGAACCCAGCCGAGGGCAGCUCUUGCAAUUAUAAUCAGCAGGGGGUGAAAUGCAACUCUCCUCUCGAGUUGUCGGCGCAGCAAGGUUCGUCGGCGCAACAAGGUUCGUCGGCGCAACAAGGUUCGUCGGCGCAACAAGGUUCGUCGGCUCAACAAGAUUCCUUGGCGCAACAAGGCUCCUCGGCGCAACAAGGCUCCUCGGCGCAGCAAGGUUCGUCGGCGUCGCAAGGUUUGUCGGCACAGCAAGGUUCGUUAGCGCAGCAAAAUUCGUCGGCGCAGCCAGGUCCGUCGGCGCAGCGGCGUUCGUUGGCGCAGAAACGUUCGUUGGCGCAGAGACGUUCGUUGGCGCAGCAAGGUUCGUCGGCCCAGCAUCAGCCCGAUCAGGCGAUCCCUUCGACCUCGGCGUCGACCCCAGCGUCAACCCCGACGUCAACCCCAGCGACAACCCCGGCGUCGACCUCGGCGUCAACUUCGACGCAGUCGCCCGUGCAAGGACCAAGACUCGUGCAAUGCCCGGUGUGCCAGUACACUACGUACAAUAGGGUAACGUUCUGCGAACAUCUGGCCACGCACUGUGCCUCGAAAAAGGAUGUUCCCGCUUUCGUGAGGAGCGUGUUAGCCGAUCUGUUCGGCACGUUGACGGAGGACAAUCCCGAAUUUGUGGAUGAAGAGCCUGGAUUGCGCGUGCCGCGAAUAAACAACCAAGGAAAAAUUAAGACGUUCAAAUGUAAACAGUGCAAUUUCGUCGCUAUCACCAAGCUGGAAUUCUGGGAGCAUAGCCGCAUUCACAUCAAGCCCGAAAAAUUACUUACCUGUCCAAAAUGCCCUUUCGUAACAGAGUAUAAGCAUCACCUCGAGUAUCACCUGAGGAAUCAUUUCGGUUCCAAACCGUAUAUAUGUGAUCUAUGCGAAUACGCGUGCGUGAACAAGUCAAUGCUGAACAGCCAUUUAAAAUCUCAUUCGGAUGUUUAUCAGUAUAGCUGUGAAGACUGCACGUAUGCGACGAAGUACUGUCACUCGUUAAAGUUACAUCUGCGCAAGUACUGCCACCGGCCGGCGAUAGUGUUGAACCCGGAUGGAUCGCCGAAUCCGUAUCCGAUCAUAGACGUGUAUGGGACACGCAGGGGACCGAAGCAGAGGCCGAUAGUCAGCCACGAUGACGUCGUCCAUAAUCUGGCUCACCAAAUGCCUGGACCGUCCGCACAAUUCGAGACGGCGGCCGGUCAUUUGCCUGUUAAUCCACUAAUUGCCAUGAACGGGAUCAACGGGAUGAACGGUAUCAACGGAAUGAACGUCGUUAACCCCGUCGGCGCUAUAAACGGGAUCAACGCCGCCAGCGCUAUGAACGGGAUCAACGCCGUCAGCCCAAUCAGUGCCUUGAAUUUCGUCAACGGGAUCAACGCCGCGAAUCCCGGUCUGAAAGGAGCCGUUAACAAUCAGCCGAUGAUGUCUUUUCCCUAUAACCAAUUGUUCGCCGGCUUUCCUCUGGCCCGGUUACGCGAGAACCUGGCCAUUGAGAGCAAAUUCCAACAACUGUUCAGACCAAACGAUGACAAUGGAAACGUAGAAGAAUCACCACAGAACCUGACAGUGCCAAGAGCUAACGCGACACCGAACAGUGGCUCGAGCGGAUCACCGUUGCCCACGGCAACACAGACCUCGUCAACUUUAAGGUACGAGAAUCCGCAUCCAGAUGACGAGGCAGUCCCUUUGGACCUUAGCAAACCGUACGCGGCCAAUAAGCUUCAGACCAAAGUAAAGGCGAAGGGAACCAGCAGACGCAAGGGCCAGGCGGUGAAGCUCGAUCGGAGAGUGCUUCAAGAGGACUCCGACGAGGAAAUACCGCCACGGAGGCAACAGCCGCCGCGAGCGCAACAAUCGCCGCGAGGGCAACAAUCGCCGCGAGUGCAACAGUCGCCGCGAGCGCAACAGUCGCCGCGAGCGCAACAGUCGCCGCGAGUGCAACAGCCGAGAGGGAAACAGCAGCCACGAGGAAAACAGCAGCCUCAACAGUCUCAACAGCCUCAACAAUCGCAAGUGCCGCAAGUGCCGCAAGGGCUGCAAGCGCCGCAAGUGCCGCAAGUGCUGCAACUGUCGCAGCAAACACAUCAGGUACAAUCGGUGCAACAGGCGCGACAGGUGCUGAAGCCGCAACAGCCAUCCAGGUCUCGGCAAACAUCGAGGCCUCGGCAAACAACGAGGGCAACAAAUUCACAACAGACGCUGCAGCUACAACAGGCGUUGCAGCUACAGCAGGCGCUGAUGUUACAACAGCUGAGACAGCAACAACAGCAAGAACAGCAGCAACAGCAACGACAGCAAGAACAGCAGCAACAGCAACGACAGCAAGAACAGCAGCAAUAUCAACAACAGCAAGAACAGCAGCAAUAUCAACGACAGCAAGAACAGCAGCCGCAACAGCCGCAACAGCUGCAACAGAUGAUACAGCCCCAACAGCCGCAGCAGCUACGUCGACGACGGUCGAUGUACCAGCCAAUACCAUUGGAGCCCCCGGCUGCCAGCAAUCCAGCGUAUCAGGCCCCUCAGCAAGUCAACGGCGAACGCUGUGUGUAUCCGAGCAACGGAUUAACUUGUCAAUAUUGUGAGAUCACGUUCGCCAACGUGGUCAUGUACAGUGUACACAUGAGCUACCACGGCUUCCAAAACCCCUUCACGUGCAAUAUAUGCGGCAUCACCUGUGCUGACAAGGUUGCCUUUUUUCUGCACACUUGCAGAAACCAACACUCGUAACUUGAAUCGGACAGGACCCGGCCGUUCUGGGUCCUGCACAAGUAUUACGAUAUUCUGGCCGAGUCCGGCAAAGUGACAGAAACCUCUUUGCUGGUUAGGGAAACACGUUUCUCGAUAACGUUCACCCCCUCGGUCCAAGUGAUAGCAAAGUAAUCGAUCAUACCUCGAUUAUGUUUGCAAAUUAGUGCAAAAGUGUACGGGCAAGUACUAUGUAUAUAUGUAGAUAGGCGUGCAUAUUAUAUACAUUAUAUACA